CCGGGGGGCGGUUCUGGGGAGACCCAGUGGCCGGGAACGGAGCGCGCAGCCGGGUGGGCUGAGGGGCGACGGCGGCCUGGGAGCCGGGGAAGUUUGGGCGACCGUUGGCAGUGCUGCGAUCGGGAGCCAGGCUGAAGCCGGAGGACCAGGGGGCGGGCGUCCCGGCUUACGGACGCCCCCGGGCCCGCUGCCACUGUCUCGCGUCCUCUCGCCUGGAAAAGUGUUUAAGCUUUUAAAAUGUCAUCUAUCAAGCACUUAGUUUAUGCAGUUAUUCGUUUCUUACGGGAACAAAGUCAGAUGGAUGCUUAUACUUCAGAUGAACAAGAAAGUUUGGAAGUUGCAAUUCAGUGCUUGGAGACAGUUUUUAAAAUCAGCCCAGAAGAUACCCAUCUAGCAGUGUCACAGCCUUUGACAGAAAUGUUCACCAAUUCCUUCUGUAAGAAUGACAUUCUGCCUCUCUCAAACUCAGUGCCUGAAGAUGUGGGAAAAAGCUGACCAUUAAAAGAUGAAGGCAAUAACCACAUGAAAGAAGAGAAUUUUGCUGCUGCUGUGGAUUGUUACACACAGGCAAUAGAACUGGAUCCAAAUAAUGCGGUUUAUUAUUGCAACAGGGCUGCCGCUCAGAGUAAAUUAGGUCACUACACAGAUGCAAUAAAGGAUUGUGAGAAAGCAAUAGCAAUUGAUUCAAAAUACAGCAAGGCAUAUGGGAGAAUGGGACUGGCCCUCACUGCCAUAAAUAAAUUUGAAGAAGCAGUUACAAGUUACCAAAAGGCAUUAGAUCUUGACCCUGAAAAUGAUUCUUAUAAGUCGAAUCUGAAAAUAGCAGAACAGAAGUUAAGAGAGGUAUCCAGUCCUACAGGAACUGGAUUGAGCUUUGACAUGGCUAGCUUAAUAAAUAAUCCAGCCUUCAUUAGUAUGGCAGCAAGUUUAAUGCAGAAUCCUCAAGUUCAGCAGCUAAUGUCAGGAAUGAUGACAAAUGCUAUUGGGGGACCUGCUGCUGGAGUUGGGGGACUAACUGACCUGUCUAGCCUCAUCCAAGCGGGACAACAGUUUGCUCAGCAGAUACAGCAACAGAAUCCUGAACUUAUAGAGCAACUUAGAAAUCACAUCCGGAGCAGAUCAUUCAGCAGCAGUACUGAAGAACAUUCGUGACUUGACCAGGAACCCUGGCCCAGAGCACAAAUGAUUAUGGCUCUUGAGUGUUUGCUGUAGAUAGUGGCCAAAACAAAGACACCUAAAGAAUCAAUCUGUCUAGAUGAUAGGUUUAUCAUAAAGACUUGAACAUAACAUGACUCCUUUGUAAACAAAUGAUCAGUAGCCCUGUGGAGUGCCAGUGUAGUACUGGACAGGGUUCCAUUUUCAAAUCUUCAUCGUCAUAUUUGUAUAUUAGACCUAAUAGCAGAGUAUAUUUAUUGAACAGUAAGGCUGUUUAUUGGUGAGCUCUCCAGCUCCAGAUUCCCUUAAGCAAACUUCUUUGAAAGAUGGAGAUGAUGAAGAGGAAAGGUUUCUCAUGCUGGUUUAGGAGAAAUAUCCUGGCCACUGAACAGCGUGUCUGGAGAGAAGAAAUUUAUUGUCUAGAUUUCAUUUGGAAAGUGCUCUCAGGACUGAAUAUAGAUCACAGGGCCAGUACUAUCUUUAAUGCUGCUUGUUCUGAUGGGUAACAGGGAAUACUGAGAGCUGGUGGGAAGCAGAAUUUGGUGCAGGGGUUGUUUUUUGAAAAGGAAAAUAGAUGCUGUGAAUGUACAGAGAGUGAAGGUAGGAUGUUCAGGUUUUCUGCAUAGUUCUUAAUUCAUCUUGCCUGCAUUUUGGUCUUGAUAACAUUAGCAUGGCCAAUUACUCUAAGAACAUAAUAAAAUACAUUUAGAAAUCCUUAAUGGUUCUUUAGGUCCUUUGUAUAACUAUUCAAUUUAAUGUACACAAUUUCUCCAGUGGUGACCUUACCAUGGAAACUCUCAAAUAUAUUUACAUUUAAAUAAGCCAGUGGUUUGACCCUCAAGUUAAGGAUUUUCUAAGUGGCAUUUAAUUAUGUGCAUAUAAAUACUGAUUUUUUAAAAACUCACUAAUUAUCUGAUGGAUUACGAAAAGCUUCUAUCACUAACAUUGCUUGUUCAUGUAGACCUUUGCUGUAAUUUGGCUUGGCAUGUUGCUUUUAUGCUUAAUCUUAAUUUGAUGCAAUGUAAACAUAACAGGGGACUUAAAAUAUUUCACUGAAAUCAGAACUCAUAGUAGUUAAUGAAGAAAUGUGGCAUUAAGUAUUAAUGGCAUGGCUUUAACUACAGCGAUGGAAAGACCAUUCUAACUGGAGUUUCUUUUGUUAAUUACAGAAUUGGUAAAGUUGGGUGAACACACAAUUUCACAAGUGUUGUGAGAGACAACUGAAAAAGUAAUACAAAAUUAAGUUAGUAAUGCUCAUGAUGAGGGCUUUACUAUAACUAUUGUCCUCAGAAGACCUGGUAUGUGUAAGUUUAAAAACCAACUUUUCCUUUCUUUCCCUUGUGAGAUUAGAACAGUGGUUCUGUAAUUUCACUGUAAGAAUUCAUUAAAAAUGCAGUUUUAAUGGGUCCUGGAGUAAGGCCUGGGAAUCACCAUUUUAAAUAGCAUACCAGGUGGUUCUGAUGUAGGUCCAAGGACUCUAAUUUAGAGGAACAGUUAAGUUAACAGUUUUAACAGUUAAGUUCUUAGACUUCUCCUCAGAACAGCAAAUACAUGACUGCCUGUGUUCACGCUACAAGGAAGACCCAUAUAAAUCUAUAGUUCUGGCCAGAGAAGAGCAGGACUUAAAAUUUUAGGCCCUCUGAAUGAAAUCUCCUAUAUUCUAUCUAAGCCAACUUAAUUUUUUAUAAAGUUAAAUUCAGGUUCUAGUGUUCAAGUGUUACACAGAAUGAGGUACUAACUAUUCACAUGAAAGGUAGGACUGUUCUGGAAAAAAAAAAGUAAAAGGUGAUCCACAAUUAAAAAAUUAGCUACUCUUGGGGCACCUGUCUGGCUCAGUAGGUAGAGCAUGUGACUCUUGAUCUCAGGGUCAUGAGUUCAUGAGUUCAGGCUCCACGCUGGGCAUAGAGCUUGCUUAAUUAAAAAAAAAAAAAAGCUACUCUUAUCCAGUGGUAAGAAAAAGUUUCUAGCAGAACUAUCUCGAGUGCAUUAAAAUGCUUUUAGAUCAAUAAAAUUAGUAAGCCUCUAGGUAACUGACUAGGAAAAUAAAGAAAAUACAAAUCAACAGUACCAGACGUGAAAGGGGUAUCACCACAGCCUUCCGGACUUUAAAGGGAUAAUCAGAAAAUAUAAUGACCAACUCUAGGUCCAUAUAUUGCACAACUUACAUGAAACAUUAAUUCCCUGUAAGAUAAAAAUUACCAAAGCUCAGUGAAGAAACAGAUAUCCUCCAGAAGAGCAAGCUACGGGCCCAGAUGAUUUCAAUGGUAAAUUCUACCAAACAUUGACAGGAGAAAUAAUAUCAAUUCUACACUAUCUCUUUCAGAAAACAGAAGAAGAGGAAACACUUUCCAACUCAUUUUAUUUAGUUAUUUACUCUGAUACCAAAGUCAGACAAAGGCAUUAUAAGAAAAAACACUUUAAAACAAUGUCUUGAUUUGCUAAUAUCUAUAGUUGGGGUAAGCCAUUCUUUUUACAUGAAGAGCUGGUAUAUUCCUUCCAUUUCAACUUUCUAGUUUGUUUCUUGGUUGAUAUACCACCUAUAACAAAUUCAAUCUACGUAUACCUUCAUCACUUUGGAAUCACUGCAAAUUAUUUCAAGGAAGUUUUGUGCAGUUGGAUUGUGCUAGCUACUCUUAAAAUUUAAGGGAUGCCCCAAAUACUAUGCUGGCUUGUCCUGAACAAGAGGACAUGAAAGUAAAUCUUUAUAUACAUUCUACUUAGGAAUGAUUGGCUUCUGUUAACCACACUUCAUUGUAAUAGCUGUGGCUGUCAUGAUGCUAUGGAAAACUUAAAAAGUCCCUUUUAUGCAAAUGACAUUUUCAUUUAAUGUGCCAAACUGUUUAUCUAAUUUUUCUAAUAUGGCUUAAACAGAUCCUAAGAUGACAUUAUCUAACCUUUACUUAAAGAAUGGGCAAUAUGUAUCAUAAAAAGAGACUCUAAUUAAAUCAAAUUAUAUAGCAGAUUCCAAGUGACCAUUAUGUUACUUUUAAAAUCUGGAACAAUGAAACAGAAGGUUCAGGCAUGACAAGAUGCUUAAAAAAACAAUCGAAAUACACAGUGCAGUGGAUAUAAAGUCUUAUCAUUCAAUCAUCCUUACUCAUUCUGGAAGAAACACAGACUUCAGCUUUAUACUGCUUGCACUUUAUUUUGCACAGAUAUUUCAUUAUUAGUGCAACUUAAGGGGCAAAUCUCAUUUUGAAUAUAGCUUUACUCUGGACCAAAUAAUUUGUCAUGGCAAUAAAUAAUUAUGCAUUUAAGAAAAACCAAUUUUUAUAUUUGACUUAAUGCACUCUAACAUUUAAGCAAUUAUAUUUACAUCCUUGAAUUUCAACUUACCAAAAUAAGCUUUUAUUUAACAGCAUAAGCUUUUGGUUUCCUUACAAAAUAUUGAAACUUAUAUAUUCAUGUUGCAAACUUGUUUACAAUCUUAACUUUCUUACUCUUUUGUUCCUGGAAUAAGUAAAUCACUGUGAUUACAUACAGAGACAGUCUUAUAGUAUUAAUACAUGAUGUAGAGUUCAAAAUCAAAUAGCAGAGGUGGAAAUCCUUUAAACAUGCCUUAUGAAAAUAAGGAGCUUAUUUUUCAAUGUGGAAAAAAAAAACAAACCAGGACUUUUUGGCUUAGAAUUAGAAAAUUAUCAGGAUUCUUAGUUAAAAGUUAACAGAGUAAUCAACAAUCCAAGAAAUUAAACCAAUUCUGAUCUGCUGUUAGUAACUGAAAUUUAGACCAUGUAGGUUAAUAUGUAACUACAAACAUAGGUACAUACAAACAGAAUAACUGAAAACUGAGGAGAACUCAUACUGUGUUAGCAAUAUAAGGUUACAUGAGCCCUACUCCCUUUGUCUUAAGCUUUUUCUGCUGACUGAGGAGUUAGGAAAAAAACUGGGGUUAAUUGGAAACUUAAAUAAAGUAUAAGAGUCGAAAGUUUUAAA